GAUGAGAAGCCAUCUACGUCUCUCUAUUUAAACCCUUUAUUACUCCUCUCUCGUCAUUCAUACUAAAUAUUAUAUCUCCAUUCACUCCUUUUUAGAGAGAGAGAGAGCCAGAUAGAGAUGGACAAAGAAGGAAGCCAGCAAGAGAUUAAGUUAAAGAAAGGUCCAUGGAAGCCAGAAGAAGACUUGCUUCUCACACGAUACGUAGAGACUCAUGGGGAGGGGAAAUGGGCAACUGUUUCAAAGAGAUCAGGUUUGAUGAGAGGAGGGAAGAGUUGCAGGUUGAGAUGGAAGAACUAUCUAAGACCAAACCUAAAGCGUGGAGAGAUGUCACAGGAAGAGGAAGACCUUAUCAUCCGAAUGCAUAAUCUUCUUGGAAAUCGGUGGUCAUUGAUUGCAGGUCGGCUUCCUGGUCGAACCGACAACGAAGUAAAGAAUUACUGGAACACCCAUCUCAUCAAAAGGUAUCCACAAUGCCUUAAGACUAGUAAGGUAAGCUCCAAGUCCAGUAUUAACAAGAGGAGGAAAGUCUCCCUUCCACCCAAAUGUAGUAGAGAUAGUAAUGAAAAUCAAGAAACCGUCACCACCAAUAACAGCAGCAAAAGCAGCCAUGGACCAGAAUCACAACAGUUGGCCGCCGGCAAUGGCAACAGCGGCGUAGAGGAGACAGUAUAUGAGAAUCCAUCACAGUCAGUACCAUUAGACUUGGGUUCCAUUAGUGUUUGGUUGGAGUCAUUUGAAAGUGGCGCAGAUAGGUGGUCUUGGAUGGAAUCUCCUCUCAGAUCUUUCUACUUCCCCGAGGACAGAAUGUACCCAACUCUUCGACCAUAUAAUACAUAAUAAUAAGAGUCACUACUAAAAGUUCAGAACUUCCCACUA